AUGGGGCAUCUGAUUACAGUUGCAACCUCACUAAACCAGUGGUCGCUAGACUUCCAAGGAAACCUAGAGCGCAUCCUGGCCAGCAUUCGAAUUGCCAAGGAGCGAGGCGCAACUCUGCGAGUUGGCCCGGAACUUGAAGUCACAGGUUAUGGAUGUCAGGAUCAUUUUCUUGAAGGCGAUACCUGUCUCCACUCGUGGGAGGUGCUCGCCAAGAUCCUUGAGUCAGAGGAUACACAAGGCAUACUCUGUGAUAUUGGCAUGCCAGUCAUGCACAAGAACGUGAUCUACAAUUGCCGGGUCGUAAUCUAUAGCGGGAAGAUUCUGCUCAUCCGACCUAAGAUGUGGCUCGCUAACGACGGUAACUACCGCGAGCUUAGGUGGUUUACCCCGUGGAUGAAGCACAGGUACACCGAGGACCACUAUCUACCCCGGAUUAUCCAUGCGGUGACAGGACAGACCAAGGUUCCCUUUGGCGACGCAGUAGUCAGCACAGUGGACACGUGCAUCGGCAUUGAAUUAUGCGAAGAGCUGUUUACGCCGUCUAGCCCUCAUAUUCUGAUGGGUUUGGAUGGCGUCGAGAUAUUCACCAAUUCUAGUGGAAGCCAUCAUGAACUGCGUAAGUUGUAUACACGCGUCGAAUUGAUUAAAGAGGCCACCAUGAAGCUCGGCGGCAUCUACCUCUACGCCAACCAGCAGGGCUGCGAUGGAGAUCGGCUGUACUACGACGGCUGCGCCAUGAUCGCCGUGAACGGGCACAUCAUCGCGCAGGGUUCACAGUUCUCCAUGCAGGACGUCGAGGUCGUGUCUGCGACGAUCGACAUCGAAGACGUGCGCGCGCACCGGGCGACGAGCAGCCGCAGCAUGCAGGCCGCCGGCGCAGAGCGGUACCAGCGCAUCGAGGUCGAUUUUGCGCUCUCGGGCGGCAAGUUCUCCGGCAUCGCGGACGGGCGCACGCUCGCGAGCCGCACGUUCGAGGUGCGCUACCAUCGGCCCGAGGAGGAGAUUGCGCUCGGGCCUGCAUGCUGGCUGUGGGACUAUCUCCGCCGCUCGCGCACGCAGGGCUACUUCGUUCCGCUGAGCGGUGGCAUCGACAGCUGCGCGACAUCCAUCAUUGUCUUCUCGAUGUGCCGCUUAGUUGCGGAAGCUGCUGUACGCGGAGAUGAGCAGGUGAUCGCAGACGCACGGCGCAUCGCGGGUGAGCCGGAGGAUUCCAGCUAUCUUCCGAGCGACCCGCGCGAGUUCGCGAAACGCAUCUUCCACACAUGCUACAUGGGCACAGAGAACUCGAGCACGGAGACGCGCGCGCGCGCGCGGCAGCUCGCGGAGGCCAUUGGCAGCUACCAUACCGAUUUGAACAUGGACACAGUCGUAACGGCCAUACUCAGCCUGUUCUCUUUUGUCACCGGCGUCAAGCCGCAAUACCGCAUUCACGGCGGGUCUGCGGCGGAGAACCUCGCGUUGCAGAACAUUCAGGCAAGACUACGCAUGGUGCUUUCGUACAUGUUCGCCCAACUGCUCCCUUGGGUCAGAGGGCGCUCGGGUGGUCUGCUCGUUUUAGGUAGUGCGAACGUCGAUGAAAGUUUGCGGGGAUACCUGACGAAGUAUGAUUGCUCGUCUGCGGACGUGAAUCCCAUUGGAGCCAUUAGCAAGACUGACUUGAAACGCUUCAUUGCAUACGCACGCGACGCCUUUGAGCUACCCAUUCUGGAAGACUUCUUGGACGCAGUCCCAACUGCCGAGUUAGAGCCCAUCACGGAAAACUAUGUGCAGGCAGACGAGGCGGAUAUGGGAAUGACAUACGACGAACUGUCUGUUUUCGGGCGUCUACGUAAAGUCGAGAAGUGCGGGCCGUAUAGCGUCUUCACCAAACUUGUGCACGAAUGGGGCUCGUUCUUGUCGCCUGUCCAAAUUGCGGAAAAGGUCAAGCUUUUCUUCUUUGAAUAUGCGAGGAACCGACACAAGAUGACGACCCUCACGCCGUCCUACCACGCGGAGCAAUAUAGCCCGGAUGACAACAGAUUUGAUCUGCGUCCUUUCUUGUAUCCUUCGCGCUUCCCCUGGCAGUUCAAGAAGAUUGACGAGGUCGCGGCAACACUACCCGACAGAUCAAACAAGGAUCCCGAAGGAGUUAAGACGAAGACAGCCUGA